AUGGAGAAAUCUGCGCUAUCUAGUGCAGAGGACGAAAAGAGACCUGGGCCUUCGACCAAACACUCCGACAGUUCGACAGUUGUCGAUGGCCUUGACUCCGAAUCUUCCACAAAACUAGUCGUGCCAAGUGAAACCGUCUGGGACGAGUUAUUUCCACAGAAGAAAGCUGAAAUUGCUUCUGUCAUACAAGAGGUUCAUCAAAAGCUAUGGUCUACCAGACUCUCGAAUCUGAAGGGGGGAGUGACAGGCCGGCAGCCGAAAGAGAAGAUCAUGAGUAUUGAUGAGGCUCUUGACCGAGUGACAAACACUGAGUCGUUCGUCAAAGAGGUCUCGGCUUUCCUCAAACAUUUCUCUAAAGAAAAAGAAAAAGAUCCCAACUGGUUCCAGAGACAGCUGAGCCGACUUCGCCGGGGAGUCGAGCGGAAAAAUGAAUUCCAGAAUGGGAUAUCAUCCGCUGUCCAGAUCGACCCUACUGGUAUCGCCUGUUUGUCCUGGGGCCUCCUCUUGAUUGCCAUUCAGUACUCAUGUGUCUACGCCGAGUCUUCUGACAUGUUUGAUCGUGUGUUAAACACACUCUCAGGUGUCCACGACAAUUUCGAAAGCCUCGAGGUAGAUGUUAAAGCUUACAGCUCAGCCCCAGAACUACGUACCCUUCUAUUCCGCCUUUUCGAUGGCUACAUCAAGCUUUGUCUUGCUGCAAUCAAAUACUCAACAAACCUUGCGCCGGGGUUUCAUCAGUCCCGAGUAAGCAGAAAGCCAGAAGCAGAGAUGAACGCUCUUAAAGACAUGAUCAUCAAGACAACCCAGAUGUUUGACCGCAAGACAACGCAGGUUAGUCGCGCAGUCGCCAUGAACACUGGGCAUACGGUGCUUGCAAAGAUGAACGAGCAAGCAUUAACAGCUUCCGAGUAUCACGAACGGUCAAUGGCCGCUACGGAAGGACAAACCAGCACUCUCCUCACCGCCCUCGCCAGACUCCAGCCCUCAGGUCCAGAGCCAAUUGAGGAGUUCCAGCUUCCCGUUGACACACUCACCAUGCCACGAAACACAAACUUUACGGGUCGCGACAAAUUCAUUUCGCAACUUCAUUCCUUUCUUGUUUCGGGUAACCAAAAUGUCAACAAGCCGGCAUCUUGCUGCCUAUUGGGAAUUGGAGGUAUGGGAAAGACCGAGACAGCUCUCGAGUUUGCUUUCAAAUACCAACAACACUGGACCGCGGGCAUCUUUUGGGUGGCUGCUGACCAUAACCAAGAGAUGGAGUUACUCAGAACAUACAACGAAAUUGGCCUAUCUCUGGGAAUUGUAUCGUCGGAAGAAUUCGAUGACAGAAACCUGGGCAAAGUCAAGAACUGGCUUCAAAAGACAGAUAAACGAUGGCUCAUCAUCUUCGACAGCUUUACACCUUCUGGAGAAGGAAUCGAUUGGAGGCGAAACAUGGAAAGGAUCUGGCCUUCCAAAACCAAGGCUGCUGGUUGCUCUAUCAUCGUCACCUCUCAGACGGAAUUACCAUCCAAGUAUGUGGAAAAGACCAUCCCAAUGGAACCAUUGGGAGGGGACGAGGGGCUGCAGCUCUUGCUUCCAGACGAGGAGCUCAAGCAACUCAAAGAAUCCGACAGAGAUGUCGCUUUGGAAAUCGUCAAUGAGCUUGGCGGAUCUCCCCUGUUUCUUAAUCUCGCCCGAGAGUUUAGGGGAGAUACAAUCCCUCUCCAGAGCUACUUGGACCAGAUCCGCGGUGACAGCAACCUUCCCUUGGCCAAGUCCCAUGCGGACGAAAUUGACAAAGAUUGGAGAUACUCCAAAGCUGCUUUCAAGGCCAUUGACUUAUCCCUCCCUCAUGUUGGCACGGGUCUAAGAGACCUUCUUGAUGAACUCGCCUUCAUGUAUGACGAGGACAUAAGCGAGUUUAUACUCAACAGUCAAUUAUCGGCCCAUCCGGAAACAAAUAGGCAGUAUCUUGAAAAUGUCCACAUGCUUGUAAAGGCAGGACUGGUCAAGGUCAAUGCUGAAGUGUCACACGGAAAGAAGGCACAUCGCAGCCUCAGAAUCCAUCGCGCAAUUCAAGUGGCACUCUUGAUUCAACUCAAUAGCGAUGUUGGUAGAAGAGAAGCUGCAUUGAAGCGGGUAACGGGCCAUCUACGUGCUAGCUACCCAGAGCCGUCGCCAAUGCAGAUACCUAGCGCUCUUGCAUCCAAUACACUGAGGCUUGUUUUGCCUCAUGUGCUGAGCAUGGUGAGGUGCUACGAGAGGGCCUUUCCCAAGCCAAGGGGUGACCUACAACUUGCACGACUUAUUAUCGGCUUCGGUGGGAUGGACUGCUAUGACCGUGGGUUGAUACGCGAGUCAUAUGAUCUUAACAACUCUGCCAAAAUGGUUUUAGAGUCAUUGGAGAAGGUUGAAAGGCUGGAGAUUAUCGACCCAUACUGGAGCGAUGCCCUGACAGUCCAGGGUCUUUGCACGGACUUUAUGGGGCUAAACACAAGAGGGGAGGGCCUUGACGUCCGUACAAAGUGUAUGGAGAUACGGAAGCGCCACUUCCGCAGCAUACCAGGUCGCAAGUUGCAGCAUGAAAACGAGAUUCGUCUUUACAACUGCUACACCGACUUGAGUUGCAGUUACCAGCAAACCAACGAGUUUGGCCUGGUGAAAGAUCUGGUAAACCAAUGUUACCAGAAGUACCUAGAAUGGGGAACAGAGGAGGAAGGACCUUACGAAUACUCAAAGUACUACAGUCAGUUGAGCCAUGUCUUGAUCUACGAGGGUAGAAACGACGAAGCAAUUGAAUAUGCUGAGAGAGCAUGUCAUCUGGCCGAACUGUCCAGCCCGGAGACUAACCAUCCUUGGCUGUACAAAUUUCAGCAUGCCAAUAUUAUGUGGCGGCAUGGAGACCGCAAAAAGGAAGCCUUUGAACUGAUGAAAAGUCUCAUCAAGGCUCAUUCCCAGGGGCUGUCAGUAUCCUACUCCGAAGUCCUGAAUCUCGGUAUGGAACAGAACCUGGGUAUUAUGGCCUACUACCUGGGUGAACUUGACAUGGCCGACCCCAAUCACCAAUGGCAUUACCUUUCGUCGCAAAAGCCACACGAGGUCACAUUACUCAAGAUUUUUGACUCUGAUGUGAACGCGAGAACAAGAUUCUCUCUACAUUCUUCAUUUCGCCUUGGUUAUGCAGACCAGAGCCGCGAGAGCUUCGAGAUCAGAGCACUGGUGUUUGACAAAGCAGCAUGA